GCAAGAUGGCGACCGUCGUAGAAAGAGUUGAUGGAUGUGUUGGGUCGUUGGACUCGGACGCGGUGUCACUCAGACAGUCCACCCCUCCACCGGACCAGCCGCACCAGAACAACCCUCUGCUGGGACUGCCCAUCGUGGCUAUUGAGACGAUUCUCAAUUUUCUGUCUUAUGAUGAAAUCAGCCUUCUGCGGUCGGUGUGCAAGCGCAUGGAUAUGAUCUGCCAACGAGUCCUGAAUCAGGGCUUCCUGAAGGUGGAGCGUUACCACAGCCUGUGCCAGAGACAGGUCAAAGCCCAGCUGCCCAGGCGAGAGUCAGAGCGGAGAAACCAUUCACUGGCCCGUCAUGCUGACAUCCUGGCUGCUGUGGAGACACGCCUUUCACUGCUCAACAUGACCUUCAUGAAAUAUGUCGACUCCAACCUCUGCUGCUUCAUCCCUGGAAAGGUGAUAGAUGAGAUUUACCGUGUGCUACGCUACGUGAACUCCACCCGAGCCCCCCAGCGAGCUCAUGAGGUUCUGCAGGAGUUGAGGGAUAUCUCCUCUAUGGCCAUGGAGUACUUUGAUGAGAAGAUUGUCCCUAUUCUAAAGAAGAAGCUGCCGGGGGCUGACCUGUCCGGCCGCCUUAUUGGCUCUGCACCAGUUGCAGGUCCAUCUACCUCCUUGACCACCAUGUCCCUGUUGGCUAAAAAUACUCCUUCACGCUCUGAGAUGACCAAGGUGCAGCAGCAGGUUAAGGUGAACGGGGCAUCGAUGACGGUACUGCGGAGAGAGAUGCAGGAAAUUCGUGUCAAGCAAUUGGAGCAGCAGAAGCAGCUGCAAGACCAGGAACAGAAGUUGCUGGAACAGACCCAGGUGAUUGGUGAGCAAAAUGCCCGCCUUGCUGAGCUAGAACACAAGCUCCGCGAACUGAUGGACAGUAGUGCUGCAGCUAUGGGAGGACCCAGACCCACCACAGCUGUCCCCUCCACAUCCAGCACUUCUGCUGUGUCUUCCACUGUUUCCAGCACAUCUGCUACUGUGUUGGCAACUGGCAACUUGGCUGCGCCCACAGAGCCAGAGGGUGUGGGAGGCUCAUCGCUCAAACGCACCAGAAAGAGCUCAGACCUUCCACGACAAUCCAAACGGCUGCGCAGCAAGAAAUGAAAGACUCUGUGUCGUUUAGUUUAAGUUUUCUUUUUGAUUUUAGGGUCCGACUGAUCACACCUUAUGCCCAAUGCCCUACGCCAACCCUCACCCCACCAACACGCAUCACAUGUACUGCCAUGCACACCGUGAUACCAACACCUCUUGUGGCAUUGGUUUAGACAGUAGUGUUAAAUGACUCGCAGCUGAAACACUGAGCACAGCAUGUCAUCCAGGACUUAGCAGCGUAACAUUAACAGGGUCAACAUGUGAUUGCCACUUAUUGCUAAAGGACUGUUAAAGCCAGGUGUUACUCUGUAUUUGUCUUUUUGUCAACAAAUUCCAAGAAAGCACUCAAUCAGUGCCUAACAACUGAAAUGACAAACCUUUGCUAUAUCUCACAAAUAUAUAGUUUAAUUUUUAAAGCAGCUGAACAUUGCAAUUUCUAUCAAGCAGUUAUUUUAUUAAUUGAGGACUAUUUUCAGUAGACGAUUAUUCUACAUUUGGUGCUGUAAUGAGUAUUUCUGGCAUCAGAACAGCGCAUGUGGAAAUGAGUUCAACUCAGUUUGUGGUAACGUAAGAACAUGUCACGCAAUGCAACAGUGUCACUCUGUUGUUUGUUUAACAGCUUUCGCACAAUAAUGGAGCUCUGUGUCAGAGAGGAAUAGGAUAUAUUAGACUUUAGCCAAAACACUUUUUUGUGAAAUGAGUUCAUUGUUGGCUUUGCUCUGCACAUGGGAUUUGUUGACAAGAAUUUAAUCUUUACAAGCCAUUGUAGUAACUUAACUAAAUCAGAAUAUAGGGAGGUGGUCGGCCAUUUGCAAGAAGAGUAUUUAUUGAAAGUUACAUUAAAAUGACUACAGCUUUUUAGUGAGAAUGCUGGGAGACUUCUGUGUGCAAAAAAAUGAAAUUCAGAUGGUCAGGACUUUAGUUAAAAGAAGUCACAUUAUACAUGUUAUUAAUACAGUUACUGUUUCUGAAAUAAAAUCUGCAAAAAUAUUUUAGAAGCAUAUUAAAAGAAACGAAAAGAUAUCACAGUAAACAUACAAAGUAUGACAGUCCUUGAACAACAAGUUAAAAUCCUAAUUGUUGGAUGUUGUUGGUAAUCACAGAUGUCACACUGGGUUUUCACCUGGGUCCAAAUUCACAAGUAUUCAUUUUAUUCACACUAGCUUCUUCAUAAGUUUGCCUAAGUGCAAUAUAAAUCAUCUAGUCCCCAAAAGGUUGCUCAGUUGAAUUCAAUAUUAAUUCUUUAAUCCUCAUAAAAAGGAAGGAUGGGGUCUAAAGGAAGAAAUAGGGCAGUGUUCGGAUAGCAUUUGUCCUUGCAUCAGCUUUUGGCUCUUGCCCUCUCUGUGUGGCAGAGGGUGAAACAUGGAGGUAGGUGUUUGUCAGGGGGGUUUCUUUUCCACUGUGCCUCAGCAGCUACUGACAGAUCAUAGGCUUUGAUCCUUCGAAAUGCAGCAAUGUCAACAGAACCCACUGGCCAUGCUGUUUGAGAAAUAAUCACAUCUUUAGCAGUUUUCCAGCAAGAAUGGACCAUUAUUGGAUCAGGUGUGCCUGAAUGCACCUGAUGUACAUGCUUUGCUUUUAUGGAGACAUUACUGUAUGUGCUGUGCUAAGGAGGACAAAGAAAGUAUACAAAUGUCCUUGAUAGAAAAACGGUGUUUGGCAUCUGUUUUUUGAGGGACUUUUUAAAUAAUUCACAUAUUCAGCCCAUUCACUACUAACAAUACACAGCUAAAUAUUUUUUGCAAAGUUCGUUAAGUGUUAAUUUUUUUUUUAUUAUUGUUGUCUCAACUUUCUGGACAUCCAAUGAUUUCCAUUCAUUUCACUCACACAUAACUUGCCUUGAUUUUUAAGGU